UGCUCGGGGGGGCAGAGGAGACGCGUGGCUCUUCUCCUCCUUGUGACGGCCGGGGCACGUCCAGCCCGACCUGCCAGGUGUGAGCCUCGCAGGGUAGGGCCCCGGCACACGGACUGGCUGAAUGAGGGUGCCGACCCCAACCUUUCAGGCCCUGGCACAGCCCGUGUAGCGAGAGGAAUCACCCGCAAGUGGUGCUGUGCCCGGUGUCAGCCCUUGUCACCAGGCGAGGCGGCCCUGGCAGCGGGACCUGCCCGUCGCGGGGGCCGUGGGGAAGGACGCUCCGGGGCGGUGGCACUGACGCUGCCCGACAGGCUCGGGCGCUUCCCACGGCUCCUGCCGCCGGUGGAACACGGCUGCUCUGCUGGCGCUGUGCGAGGGCGUGAGGGCAAAGACGGAGGGAGAGAGACAGUGCAGGGGAAGGAGAGGUCCGAUGGGAAGGAGUCUGCCAGUGAGGGACUGUCACUAGCCCAUCUGUUGCCCUGACUCCUGCCUUUGGAGGAAGCCAGUCAUGGGGGAAACGGGCAAAGAAGAGUACAAAAUACAGUCAUUUGACACUGAGACUCAGAAGCUGCUGAAAACAGCCCUCAAAGACCCCAGUAACGUGGACCUGGAGAAAGUGGCCAAUAUUAUAGUGGACCAGUCCCUCAAAGACUGUGUGUUCAGCAAGGAGGCAGGUCGCAUCUGCUACACCAUCAUCCAGGCAGAGAGCAAACAGGCUGGGCAGAGCAUCUUCCGGAGGAGCCUGCUGAACCGGCUGCAGCAGGAGUACAAGGACAGGGAGGAGCUGCGCGCCCGCUCGCUCCAGGCCUGGAUCUGCUACGUCACCUUCAUCUGCAACAUCUUCGACUACCUGAGGGUGAACAACAUGCCCAUGAUGGCUCUGGUGAACCCUGUUUACGACUGUCUGUUCCGGAUGGCACAGCCCGACAGCCUGCGGAAGGAGGAGGAGGUGGACUGCCUGGUCCUGCAGCUCCAUCGUAUUGGCGAGCAGCUGGAGAAGAUGAACACGCAGAGGAUGGACGAGCUCUUCUCCCUGCUCCGAGAUGGCUUCCUGCUGCAGGAGGGGCUCAGCUCCCUGUCCCAGCUCCUGCUCCUGGAGAUCAUCGAGUUUCGGGCUGCUGACUGGAAGAUGACAGAUGCUGCCCAGAAAUACUAUUACAGCGAAGUGACAGAUUGAUCUCUCUGCAGCAGAGGUAGAGAGAUGCCCCCAGCACUUUCACCAGCAAGCUUCAUACCAAGUUGGAAUUUCUUUUCCUGUUAGUAUUUUUCUAGCGCUUCCUGUAAAUAGGAUUUAUACUGACUAGAGCCUCUGGGCACAGAAGUGUCAGGCUGCAACUGGUGCUAGGCUGACUUUGGAGGUCUGGAGAGGUGGGAAGGGCAGGACACAUGUAACCCAGCAAGUUCUCCCACUGAUUUUUGUCUUGUAUUGGACUGCUUCCAGCAAAGGGUAAGGAAGGAUUCUAGCCCAGACCAGCAUUUUAUAUGAGUGUUAAGAAAAGCACAGUUUAGGCUGAGAACACUUUUGGUUCACCCAAGGAUGUGCAAGAGCUGCAGGAGGCAGAGGGGGAAUCUUUCCCAUCUCAGGUUGUACCUGGCUCUAACAGCUCAACCAAGUGCUAUUUUUCCCAGACUCCUUCUAGCACACUGGCUGCACCUGCAUGCACACAGCCUCUUCCUGGGGUCACCAGUGGCACAGGGCAGCCUGCAGCAGGACAGGUGCAGCAGGACCCUGAGCACAUCUAGCUAGGAACAGGUUUUCUAAGUUUUACACAAUAACUGCCAUGAUUUCUCAGAGUGUAGUGAGUUUCAGCUACAGGAUGUUUUCUCAUUAGAAUGGGACAGGAAGAAAGGAAAGAAAAUAGUUUAUUGAAGGAUCUUUUUUCUAAUAAAAAGUUUUCCACUGA